AUCCAUAUUCAAAAUAUGCAAAAUUUCAUUCCUCGCUACUUCUAUUAUCAAAGAUUAAGUCAACAUAUGGUAUAAUUAAAUUUAACUAGAAAAUUAGAAAAACUUUGGAUCGUGAAAAUAGAAAACCUAAGAAAUGGCUAUAAAAUUACUUCGUUCCAUUCAUUCCAAAAUGGACUCAGAGAAUUGUAGACAACAAAAAGAAAUCUAUCUUCUUUCUUCUAUGCCUGGGAUUGUUCACUUAUUAUGAAGGAUUCUAAUGUAAAAUCGCAUUUAUAUUAUUUUCAGAUCUGCACCAUAAAUUAGUAUAUAGAGAGGCUCUUAAAAGUAAAUUGGAUAGAUGGAUUUUCAAAGUUAAAAAUCUACCAAAGCAAUCCUUAGUAGAAUUCUAGCCAAUUACAACUCUGAACCAGAGUACAAUAGAGUAAUUGAAGGAGAUAUAUUUAAAAUAUGAAUCGGAAAUGAAAUAUGGAAUGUCUCGUAAAUUAAUGUUUGAGGUUUAUGAAUCUCUUAAUUUGUUCUAAAAGGAUGAGGAGAGAAUCGGAUUCUAUAGACAAUCCGGUUAUUAUAAAAAGGUAAUUUCUACCUUAUAUAAAAUUAAUAGAGAAAUUAAAAGGUCUCAAGUGUGCAUUUCCAAUAAUUUGUGAAGAUAUUCGAGGAUGCCCUGAAAAAAUUGAAUAAAAAAGGGAAUAUAAUUACAGAAUCAGAACUAGUUUCAUAAUUUAUUUAAUUAUGUUCAGAAAAACAGAGUGAAGUAAGAAUGCAUCAUAUUAUUAUUAUAGAUUUAGAAAUGGGAAGACAAAAUCUAAUAGAAGCGAGCAGAGUUUGUUAAAUUGCUUCCUGAGUUGCAAGAUUAAAAAUAGGCAUUAAUUAGGUAGAUGCUAAGUGAAAAUCCAUAUGUAACUGAAGAACACAUUCAAUAGGAAGUAAGGUCUUUUAGUGAAUUCUUUUUAGCUUGAGAACAAGGGACUAUAUGGAUUGGGAACGAAGGAUAAACUAUAGAUUUAUGAUCUCCAGUUGUCACUUCAUAAAGUACUGUUGGAUAGCAAAAAAGCAAAAUUGUACAAUAGCAUGCUUUUCGGGUAGUCCACUUUGAGUGCGCAAAAGGAGAAAAAGUUGAGGGAAAAGAUAAUGAUUGAGGAGGAGAAGGUGAAUCAACUUCAAGUCAAGAGAAAUGAAGUUGCUGAAAAGUUUAAGGUGUUAUUUAAGAAAUAAGAGAUAUUUGAUAUUUGA